AUGGACCCUCAAGUCCUCAUGGUAAUUGCCAUGCUCGACGACUUGCCAGACCUGUCGAACGCGUGGGUCCAAGGAUAUGACAUGAAGCUAUGGAAUGGAAUAUACCCGACCCUUCUCCCAAGGCCUGACGCUAAGGAUCGAAUUGUUGGCAAGGUUUGGCGAGCAACCAGCAUAGCUCAGUGUUUGAGAUUGCAACGGUACGAGACUUCGGCGUACGAGAGUGCAGAUUGCGACAUCCAUCUCGAAAGCGGAGAGGUAGUCAAAGGUCUGACAUUUACAUGGGCGAGGGAUGUAGCAAGUGAGGAGUUGAGUGAUGGGAGGUUUGACUUGAAGCAUUGGCAGGAAAAUCACAAGAAACCGCUGUUCUAG